AUGACGCCUGAGGCGGAGGCCAAAGAGAUCCGCGAGGAAGCUGCGAAGCCUGACUUGUGGAAUGAUGCUGCGGGUCUGGAGGCUGUGGAGAAACGCGCUGCGGCCUACCGGAGCAUUGCUGAGGAGGUGCAAACAGCCUUGGAGUUGGCCGAGGAAGCUGAGAAUGCGGGUGACCUCGAUGAGUCUGCCAUGCUGCGGGAUGAGGCCUCGAUGGCCUUGCAGCGAUGGGACUCCGAGGUCUCCCAAGCGGAGGUGGAGAUGAUGAUGGGUGGGCACUAUGAUGGCAACAGUUGCCAGAUCAACAUCUUUGCUGGCGCUGGUGGCGAUGAAGCAUGUGAUUGGGUUUGCAUGCUGGAGCGCAUGUACACGAACUAUGCUCAGCAAAAAGGCUGGUCAGCCAAACGCGUGGGCUUCACUGAAGGUGACAACAUUGGCCUCAAGAGCGUGGACAUGGAAGUUACAGGAGACUACGCUUUUGGCAUGAUGCGGCGAGAGACUGGCACCCACAGGCUGGUGCGGAUUUGGAAUGGCAGACGUCAGACCACCUUCGCGGGAGUGGAGGUGGUACCACUCUUGCCCGACGACGCGGUCGACGCGCUGGAAAUCGAUCCCAAGGAGCUCACGUGGCACACCUUUCGAUCAGGUGGCAAGGGUGGCCAGAAUGUGAACAAAGUUGAGACAGGCGUGCGAGUCACCCACGAGCCGUCCGGCAUCGCAGUCAAGUGUACUGCAGAGCGCAGCCAAAUUCUUAACAGAAAGAAGGCUCUAGCCCAGCUGAAAGCGAAGCUGCUGAUGAUUCAGGAGCAACAAAAAGUGAAGGAACUUCAAUCUAUUCGCGGCGACCUGGUGUCAGCAGAGUGGGGUGCACAGGUGCGCAACUAUGUGCUGCAACCCUACACUUUGGUCAAGGAUGUCCGCAGCGGUCAUGAACGAGGAGAUGCUGACCGAGUCCUCAACGGGGAUCUGGAUUCUCAUGUGGAUGCCUUGCUGCGCAUGGAUUCGCAGAAAAAGCCGGACGAAGUUGUUCGACACGUCGCCAUAGUAAUUAAGUGA